CACCGGCUCUGCCUCUCGGCCCGCACCAUUGGGUUCGUGCGUCUCAACUGCGAGCUGCCCUCGGUCACGCUGCAGCUGAUGAACAUCCGCCGCUGCGGCCACUCCGACAGCUUUUUCUUCAUCGAGGUGGGGCGCUCAGCCGCCACCGGCCCCGGCGAGCUCUGGAUGCAGGCGGACGACUCGGUGGUGGCCCAGAACAUCCACGAGACCAUCCUCGAGGCCAUGAAGGCGCUGAAGGAGCUGUCCGAGUUCCGGCCUCGAAGUAAGAGCCAGUCGUCCUCCUCGUCUUCCUCCGGGGGGGCCGGUGGGCUCGGCGGCAGCAGCGCCUCCGCCACCCACCCCAUCACCGUCCCCGGUCGCCGGCACCACCACCUGGUCAACUUGCCUCCCAGCCAGACCGGCCUCCUCCGCCGCUCUCGCACCGACAGCCUCGCCGCCGGCGCUGGCACCAAGUGCACGCCGUGCCGAGUGAGGACGGCCAGCGAGGGUGACGGCUGCCGGGUGGGUUCGGCAGCCAGCAGCCCUAUGAGCCCGGGCCCCGUGCGGACUCCCCUGAGCCGCUCGCACACGCUCAGCAGCGGCGGAGGCCGGCAGGCGGGGAAGCUGCUGCCGGUGCUGGCCGGCGGCGGGCUGCAGAGCAGCCGCUCCAUGUCUGUGCCCGCCUCCCACUCGCCCCCCUCGGCCACCAGCCCCAUCAGCCUGUCCUCCAGCAGCGGCCUCGGCUCCGAGACUGCCCACCCGCAUCACCCUCAACGCCCGUCCAGCGGCAGCGCCUCUGUCUCCGGCUCCCCCAGCGACGCCGGCUUCAUGUCCUUCGACGAGUACGGCUCCAGCCCAGGCGGCGACCUGCGGCCCUUCUCCUCCUCCUCCACCGCCAGCAACCGCAGCAACACCCCCGAGUCGGUGGCCGAGACACCCCCUGUGCGGGACCCGGGGGGCGGCACCGACCUCUACGGCUACAUGGCGAUGGAGCGGCCCCCGAGCGGCCGCCUCUGCUACCGGCCCUGCCCCGACGCCGCCGGCGACAGGUGCCAUCGAAAGCGGACCUAUUCCCUGACCACACCGUGCCGGCAGCGACCCGCCCCGCCGCAGGUCUCCUCCGCCUCCCUCGACGAGUACACGCUGAUGCGCGCCACCUUCGCCGGCAGCGCCGGCCGCCUCUUCCCCUCCUGCCAAGCCGGGGCUUCCCCCAAAGUGACCUACACCCCCUACCCCGAGGACUAUGGGGACAUCGAGAUCGGCUCCCACCGCAGCUCCGGCAGCAGCAGCACAAAUCUGGGGCCGCCGCCAGCGGGUGGGGGGGGGAGAGAUGAUGACGGCUACAUGCCCAUGACCCCCGGUGUGGCCGCAGCCUUAGGGCAGGGAAGCCGGGGCAGUGAUGAUUACAUGCCCAUGAGCCCCACCAGCGUGUCUGCCCCCAAGCAGAUCCUGCAGCCCCGGGCAGGGAUGGGGAGUGGGUCCCCGGGGAACGGGAGCAGCUACAAGACCAGCUCACCUGGAGAGAGUUCCCCUGAUGAUAGUGGGUACAUGCGGAUGUGGUGUGGCUCCAAGCUAUCUGUGGAGAGCUCAGAUGGAAGGCUGAGUAACGGUGACUAUAUCAAUAUGUCCCCUCGGGACCCCCAGCAUGGGCCCCAGGUUCCCUCCCUUACCCCCCCAGACUUCUUUUUCACCCCGUCAGGGCAUGGGUCCAGUGAGCCCUCAAAGCCCGGCUGCUAUUCAUACUGCUCCUUACCCCGCUCCUACAAGAGCCAGGGAUUGGCAAAGGACAGUGACCAGUAUGUCUUCAUGAACUCCCCAGGGAGGAUGAUCCCGGAGGAGGUGGGGUGUGGAGUGGGCCAGUCGCCUGCCAGCACCUUCACCCCAUCCAGCCACACGGUGCCUUCGCCCCUGCGGCACAGCCGGACCGAGAGCUUUCUGAGCCAGCGGUGCCAGCGGGCAGCCCGGCCCAGCCGCCUCUCUUUGGAGACCUUGCGGACGGUGCUGCCCAGCAUGAAUGAGCACCCUCUGCCGCCUGAGCCCAAGAGCCCUGGCGAAUACAUCAACAUUGACUUUGGGGAUGCUGCUGUCUAUUCUCCCCCCUCGCUGCCUGCUGACAGCCCAGCCUCCUCCCUGGGCUCAGGCACAGGGCAGAGGCGCUCCCCGCUCUCUGACUACAUGAACAUGGACUUUGGGUCACAGUCGCCUUCCCAGUCAGGCGCGGUCUCAGUGGGCUCUCUGGAAGCUCUCUCACCCAGCUCUUCUUCCAGCACCAGCCAGCCCAACGGGCGCUACCUGAAGGCGGCUGUGGGGGUGGCUUGUUCAUCCAGCCCGUCAGAUAGUGGGGAUUACACUGAGAUGACCUUUGGCAUGGCCACCACCCCACCCCAACCCAUUUUUCAGAAGCCAGAAAGUGCCCGGGUCGCCAGCCCCACAGCUGGGGUGAAGAGGCUCACCCUUUCUGGGGUGGAGGCUUUCAUUCUCUCCAGCCCUCCCCCAGACCCCAACCGGGGAGCCAAAGUCAUCCGGGCAGAUCCUCAGGGGCGGAGGAGACACAGCUCAGAAACUUUCUCUUCCACCACCACUGUGACCCCAGUGUCCCCUUCCUUCGCACACAACCCCAAACGACACAACUCGGCCUCGGUGGAGAAUGUGUCCCUCAGGAAAAGCGAAGGCCUGGAGGAGGAGCAGGGUAGCAGUCCCAUGUGCCGGGAGACCUCAGCUGGCUUCCAGAAUGGCCUCAACUACAUCGCCAUUGAUGUGGUGGACGGGUCCCUGGCAAACUGUGACAAAUCCAGGUUGAAAGCCAGGCACCUCCUGAAUGGGGGCAUCAAUGGAGUAGAGAUGAGCGCCUAUGCCAGCAUAGACUUUCUGUCUCACAACCUGAAAGAAGCAAGUGCUGUGAAAGCUUCUAAACGCAGGUCACCCGGAGAAGUGGUGCGGGGAGGCUCGUUGGGAUUGACCGGCUCUGUAGGAGGUGGGCGGAGAAUCUCCAGCACCUCGCUCCCUUGAGAGGGGUUGCCAGCCUGAGGGGUGCACUCAGGGGUGCAGGGAUAAAUGGAUGUAACCAGAGUUAGGCCAAAGGUGGUAAGGAAGAACCCCAGCAUCCUCAGCCAAUGAAUGGUGUGCAGGGUUGGGUACCAAAAAUGAGACAUCAAGUUAAUUGCACUUGUGGCAGUCGAACUGGGAAAGUCAUAGCAUGGGGAAAGAGAGAUACAUCACAAAGGACUUUAUCGGUUUAAGUUGAAUCAAAGCAUAAACUUCUGAAAAUUUCCUAGUUUCCCGUUUGGUUUUCAUUGGGAUUUCACACCAAUGUUUGUUUAGAGAAGGACUUCUGCCACCGUUUAAAAAGGUCAACCAAUAUUGUGCUAAUGUACUUGAAUUUCAAACAUUGUGAUUCGGGAGGCUACUGAGAAUUUCACAUUUUAUAGAGAAUCACAUUCAAUUUAAAGAAAACAGUAUUUUGCAUAUAAGCAAGAUUAUUUUAACAGGAGUAAUGCAGGUGAGAGUUGAGAAAAUAUAAUUCUGUAAAAAUGGUUUGCACAGGAGAGAGCUUACAUAAUCAGUGCUGUUUGUUUAGUUGUUUGCACUUUUCAGAUUUUGUUUUUAACUGCAUUAGAAAAGUGAGAAGCUUUACUUUUUGAAAAACAAGUAUGGUUCCUAGUAAUUUUAAAACAGUGAAGAAUCUACAUAUUUUUAAUAUUUAGAACAGGAAACUCUGAGAUACAGAGUAUACAAACAAGCUCCUUGUAAUUACCUUCUUAGUAAAUUAACAUUUUGAUUUGUGCAAAAUACUUGUAAAAAACCGGUUUGAAUUGUUCCUUAAGGUUUGUAGCAGUAGUUGUGUUUUCAUGUGGAUAAAUGUUUUGAGGGAAACUGUAUCAUUUAAAGAUGACUGGCUUUCACGUGUAGUUUGUCUCUCUACAAUCAGUAACUUGCAUCUGCUGCUGGGAGUGCUGUGCUUUUGGAAAUCUCUGUCCAUAUUAUCCUGUCAUGGUAGAAGCAAGGAGUGCAUCCACAGCUGCUGUCAAAACAGAACAAUUAAGAGGUUGCUUGAAGUGAUAGUUUCAUUUAGUUUUACUGUGUUCUGAAAAUGUGAAAAUAUAUAAUAAUUGGAGAAACAAUUGCCUUCAUCUGAUAUGUAAAUAAAAUAAUACUGUUACUGGUUGAUUAAAGCUUGUUACUUGCUAACAAUUAGCCUUUGUUCUUAAAUUAUGACUGCUUUUUUGCUUAAAAACAUAUGAAAUGUGUAUGGAUUUAAUUAUUUAUGGAGGUGUUUACACUCGUUUUUUUCAUAUAGUGCA